AUGUCGAGUCCAGACUUCAAUGAUGUGUUUCCGCCAGGGACAAUCAAACUUGAAGAACGGCAAGGACUGGUGUCGGAAUUCAAACUGAGUCCCACUCCUUCAGAUGAUCCUGAUGACCCUUUGAACUGGUCCCCGUUCAGGAAGGCUGUCAACUUUGGGCUCACUUGCUCAUAUGUUCUCUUCACCUUUGUCCUCGUGGACAUCAAUAGCUUGGCCUAUCGAGGCUACAUGUCCGAGCUGGGUUUGACCUACGCGACCUUCAACCAGGCGAGUGGGUCGAAUUUCGCUGGACUCGCCAUUGGAUGUCUCCUGUUUAUCCCCUGCGUUCACAAGUUUGGCCGUCGUCCCAUUUACUUGCUCAGUGCAAUUGUGCAGCUUGUUUGUGCUAUCUGGUGGGCAAACUUUCACAAGGCCGGGGAACUCAUCGGUGUCAGUCUGCUGGCUGGACUCGCUGGCUCCAUCAGCGAGGCCGUGGUCAUGAUCACUAUUGUUGACCUCUUCUUUGUCCAUCAACAUGCUCGUAUGAAUGGCAUCUUUCUGUUUAUGCAGAGCCUGGGGUCCACAGGGGGUCCGAUUGCUGCUGGGUAUAUUAUUGAGUCGAUGGGCUGGCGAUGGAUGUGGUGGAUGAUCUGCAUCUUCCUUGCCGUCAACUUAAUCCUCGUACUGCUCUUCUUCGAGGAGUCAAAAUACAUCCCCCUCGUGAAGACUGGGGAACCGCGUACCCUCCGAGUAACUACUCGUUCAACGGCAGAUACCCGUCGCAGACGCAAGUCGAUUCGACAACGCCUGGCCUUCGUCACCCGGACGGACAUACCAGUAGCCCAGCACUUCCACCAGCCGCUGCUCAUUCUCUUCUCCUUCCCCGCUGUCGCCUACACGGCCAUCACAUACGGCACGAUCCUGGCCUGGUUUUCGGCCAAUGCUUCGUCAGGCUCUUACUUCCUUUUGGACGAACCUUAUCAAUUCAGCCCAUCUGCAAUUGGCCUAUUCCACCUAGGGGGGUUUUUGGGCACCUUCAUCGCGACGCUGAUCGUUCCAGCUCUGAACGACAGGCUCAUUGUCCAAGCGGCCAAGCAGAAUGGUGGAAUCUUCGAGCCAGAAAUGCGUCUUUGGAUGAGCAUUCCAGGGGCUCUUUUGAACUGCGCCGGCUUGCUAAUUUAUGGGAUAUACGGUUUCGGGUUCAUUACCACUGCCGAUGUGGCCCUAACAUAUCUUACUGACUGCUAUCCUGAUAUACUUGGUGAUGCGUUGAUUGCUAUUGUUUUCAUCCGCAAUGGGUUUGCAAUGGUGGUUCGCUUUGCCUUCACCCCUUGGAUCACCGGUAUGGGAAUCGAGAAUACAUUCAUUCUCAUCAGCAUGCUGGCCUUGGUCACCGUGACAUUGCCGAUUCUCUUGAUGGUCUAUGGGAAGAGAGCCCGGGCAAGCACGGCCGAGAAGUACCGAAAAUAUGCCGCGCGGCAGCCAGUUCAUCGGCAGAAAUAA